AUAGCCUUCUUCAAUUUUGCUGGAACAACGGUCACGAAAAACCUGUCAGCGACCACCAGAACUGUAGUUGACAGCGCCCGAAUCAUCGUCAUUUGGGCGGCUGGCAUACCACUUUUCGGGCAGAAAUUCAUCCCAUUACAGCUGAUCGGUUUCGCACUACUGAUUGCCGGCAUGUGUGUAUAUAACGAUAUCGUUCUCGGUCCAUGGUGUCGUCGAAAAAUUGUCUCUAAAAUGGACACUUCAAAAUGUUGUACAAGAGACAAUUUUUCGACGACACCAUGGACCGAGAACGAUAUCGUUAUAUACACACAUGCCGGCAAUCAG